ACAGGAUAAUCCUACUUUCUUGGAUACUACAAUAAACAAAACCCCUCCAAAACCUUCACACCCAUCUCUGAAUUACCCUUCGUUUGCACACUCUUCCUCCCAAAGAUUCAAACUUUGCAAUGACAAUCUGAACACACACACACACACACACACACACACAUGGCUUCUCUUCUCCCAACACCACACAUUUCCACACCGUUCAAUUUCAUCUCAAAGUUCAACUCUUUCCCAAGAACUUGGAACCUCUUCAUCCUCACAUACCCUUCACACCACAACAACAAAAACAAGCUCUUACUCUUACCCACAAAUGCAGUGUACACCCCGGACCUCUAUGCCCCUUUUUCGCCCUCCAAAACUGAGCUCCAAAAUGACUCCAUUUCUCUACUAAACGACAGAAUUCGCCGUGACUAUGCCAAAAGAGAAGCUUCCAGAACUAUGAUGGACUCAGAGGAAGCUGACAAGUACAUGCAAAUGGUGAAGGAGCAGCAGCAGAAAGGGUUGCAGAAGUUGAAGGGUGUUAGAGGGGGUAAAGAUGGUGCCUUUAGCUAUAGGGUAGACCCUUACACGCUUCGUUCUGGUGACUAUGUUGUGCACAACAAAGUGGGUAUUGGGAGGUUUGUUGGAAUCAAGUUUGAUGUUCCAAAGAAUUCUGAUGAAUCCACUGAGUAUGUUUUCAUUGAGUAUGCUGAUGGAAUGGCAAAGCUACCUGUUAAGCAGGCUUCUAAAAUGCUCUAUAGAUAUAAUCUUCCAAAUGAAAGCAAAAAGCCUAGGACAUUGAGCAAGUUAAAUGAUACUAGUGCAUGGGAGAGAAGAAAGAUUAAGGGGAAGGUCGCAAUACAGAAGAUGGUUGUUGAUUUGAUGGAACUCUAUGUACAUAGGCUCAAACAAAGAAGGCCUCCUUAUCCAAAGACUCCUGCCAUGGCUGAAUUCACAGCUGAAUUUCCUUAUGAACCCACGCGGGACCAGAAACAGGCAUUUAUUGAUGUUGAGAAGGAUUUGACAGAGCGAGAAACUCCAAUGGACAGAUUAAUUUGUGGAGAUGUUGGUUUUGGUAAAACUGAGGUUGCACUACGAGCUAUAUUCUGUGUUGUGUCAGCUAAAAAGCAAGCAAUGGUUCUGGCACCAACAAUAGUUCUAGCAAAACAACAUUUUGAUGUUAUUUCAGAGCGCUUUUCUGUAUAUCCUGAUAUAAAAGUUGGACUACUAAGCAGGUUUCAGACCAGAGCAGAGAAAGAAGAGUACUUGGACAUGAUUAAGAAUGGUACCCUGGAUAUUAUUGUUGGGACACACUCACUCCUAGGAGAUCGUGUUGUAUACAACAAUCUUGGUCUGCUUGUUGUUGAUGAGGAACAGAGGUUUGGUGUCAAACAGAAGGAGAGGAUUGCUUCUUUUAAAACUUCUGUGGAUGUACUUACUUUGUCUGCAACCCCUAUACCACGAACUCUUUAUUUAGCUUUAACUGGGUUUCGUGAUGCUAGUUUAAUUUCAACUCCACCUCCAGAAAGAGUUCCUAUCAAGACUCAUCUUUCUUCAUUCAGUAAGGACAGAGUAAUAUCAGCCAUCAAGUAUGAGCUGGACCGUGGUGGUCAGGUUUUUUAUGUUCUGCCACGUAUUAAAGGACUUGAGGAUGUAACGUCAUUUCUUGAAGAGUCAUUUCCGGAUGUGGAAAUAGCCAUUGCCCAUGGGAAGCUAUACUCAAAGCAAUUAGAGGAUACCAUGGAGAAGUUUGCUCUAGGUGAAAUAAAAAUCCUUCUAUGCACAAAUAUAGUAGAAAGUGGGCUUGAUAUUCAAAAUGCAAACACCAUCAUCAUUCAGGAUGUUCAACAAUUUGGCCUUGCACAGUUGUACCAGUUGCGUGGAAGAGUUGGGCGAGCGGAUAAGGAAGCACAUGCAUACUUAUUUUACCCUGAUAAAAGCAUGCUUUCUGAUCAUGCAUUGGAGAGGCUUGCUGCUAUUGAAGAAUGCCGUGAACUAGGUCAAGGCUUCCAACUAGCUGAGAAAGACAUGGGUAUAAGAGGUUUUGGUGCAAUUUUUGGUGAACAACAAUCAGGAGAUGUUGGAAAUGUUGGUGUUGAUCUUUUCUUUGAGAUGCUCUUUGAGAGUUUGUCAAAGGUUGAAGAUCACCGUGUUGUUUCAGUUCCUUAUCACUCAGUCCAGGUUGACAUAAACAUCAAUCCUCAUCUCCCGUCUGACUACAUUAAUUAUCUGGAGAACCCUAUGGAAAUUAUAAAUGAAGCCGAGAGAGUUGCUGAAAAAGACAUCUGGAGUCUGAUGCAAUUUACAGAGAAUUUACGCCGCCAAUAUGGCAAAGAGCCUCGCUCCAUGGAGAUUUUACUAAAAAAGCUUUACUUGAGGAGGAUGGCAGCUGAUUUAGGGAUAACCAGAAUUUACUCUUCAGGGAAGAUGAUCUUUAUGAAAACAAACAUGAGUAAGAAGGUAUUCAGGAUGAUGAUAGAUUCCAUGACAUCAGAAUUACAUAGAAAUUCAUUGGUUCUUGAGGGGGACCAGAUUAAGGCUGAACUUCUAUUAGAGCUACCAAAAGAACAACUUCUUAAUUGGAUCUUUCAAUGCUUGGCUGAACUUCAUGCUUUACUACCCACCUUCAUAAAAUACUAGGUUCUUAACCUGGUUAAUUCCUGCCAAUGUGUAAGUUGGAAACUUGACUUACUGCUUACAUCACAAAUACAUCAAUUUUGGCGGAUUUACCAUUGGAGUUGAAAUGCGGGAACUAACCAUGGCGGAUGCAAAACAAGAUUGUUUUGCAUGACUGACUUGGCACUACAGGACCUCAGAACAAAUCAGCACUAUCAAUUGAUACUGGUGACAGUGCACUUCUUAUCAGAGGUUGGUUACCAGCACCUCGGAGUUGCGGUUGUCCAAAUUGUGUUCCUGAAUUGCAUCCCCAUAUGCAGGAGAAGAGCAUGUAUUGUGAUUUGUGAUAUAUCAGAAGGCAACUGCUAGUGACCUGAUCAGCUUCUAUUUUUGCACUCACAAAACAACUUCACUUUCAAAAGCUACAUAGGAUGACCUAUACUCAUCCAGUAAACCUUUAACCAAAACAUCAAGAUUUCACCUUUUGUAUGGGUGAAGGACUAAAGCAUUCUCACGCUAGCUAGUACAUUCUAAGAAAACUAGAAAUCAGCCUGUUGAAUGAUGCAUUUUUGUUGCAGAUAAUUGAGAAAUAUACUGUUGUUUGUAGUUGUCAUGUGAUUUGUUUUAUUUCCUCAUAGAUACUUGUAUUCUUCAUAGAAAGAAAUUCUUGUAACCACGUGUUUUACCAAUUGUAAUGAAAAUCAUUUGACCAAGAUUUCAAGCUUCAUGACAAUACGUAUUGAUGUGUAGCAUCGUUAAUGCAUAUUGAGCUCAGCCCCCAUAGCUUAGACUAUUAUUAUCAGUUCAAUACGAUUUUUUCUGGGCAAAAAAAAUAAAAAUAAAAAUUUUAUUUUUUUGCUUUAAGCUU